CGAGUCCAUUUUGGCCUUCCAGGAUCGGAUGGAAAUGAAGCCGGGUGUGACCAUGACGAUCCGCUUCAAGGGCGAGCUCGUGCACGAGUUCGCCGUGCACCCGUCGACGCCCGACAACCUCUACGACACGACCGAGAGCCUCACGACGCCCCACUGCUACAGCGGCAAGGAGGACGGCGGCUUCCUCCCCGUGCCCAACAACGCUGGCCCGCAUGCGCUGCUGGCGACCGCCAUCGUGAAGGCCAAGCAGAGCAGCGAAGGCUUCCUCGCCGACAAGUGCGAAGGGCCGGUCAAGGACGACAUCUAAUACAAUCUACAUCCUGUUCAACGAU